GUAGACAGUGCACAGCGUUGUAGCCUAUGAGCGACGAGGAGGACACGGGACAGGACGACCGCAGGAUCUUGCGAUCAGCUAGGGGCCCGAUAUCCCACGUGUCUUUAGGACCGGAGGGUGAUAGACAUCUGUUCCGCCAGCUUAGGGAGAGGCGGCAGCAGCAGAGGAGGACUAGAGCAGCCGAGGCCAGCAGAACUUUAGUUACUGAGGCCGGUGCUACAGCAGCCAUGGCCACUACAGCCAUGUCCACUUCUGCGCAGCAGAUUUCCCAAGCCGGUAGUUCAGGUGCCGUCGGGUCAACGGUCGCGCAGAACGUGAGUCAGUCCACUGGCAUUAUGGCAAGCCAGGCCGCGGUGUUAACUCCAGAGGAUGUCGCCAUCCAGCAGGCAGCCCUGCAGGAGGCACAGCUACAGCAGGCAUUAGGGGAGAUAAAAGCGGAAAAAGAGAAGAUCGGGAGAAGAGCCAGGAUGCAGCGAAGAGGGGCAGAUAUAGAGGAGUUAGAGAUGAUGGACCUGAACAAUAUGGAUGAUGAUGUGAGGGUAGUUAGGAGGGCCCUGCUAAGCGUAAUAGAGAUGCAGGAGCAUCAAUCUACCAUCCUUCAGGACAUUCAACAGAGCCUAGCCGUUUUGGCAGGCCGUGCUCAGGCAGCACCAUCACCAGCCGGGCCUGGUGCCUGGCCCGUGCCAUAUCCUCCCUUUUCUGUCCCACGGGUGACCGGAGUAUCCCCUUAUGUAGCCCCGUCAACGGUUGCUAUCGUUUCCCUGGGCAUGCCGCUGUCAGGAGGGGUAACAGCAGGGAGUAGUUUGCAGGUUCCUGUACAGACAGUGUUCACUCAAAGUCCGUUGCAGGUUGCAGUCACCAUGCAGCCUGCUGUCUCGCAGCCUGUGCAGCCUCAGGGCACGCAGCCCCAGCAGCUAGCACAGCAACCUGUGUCACCGGGUAGCACAGCAACCUGUGUCACCGGGUCCACAGCCCGGAGUGGUGCAAGGACCGGGACAAACCCAGUGGGUUCCAAAGACGGCCAUCGCCGCUCCCAAACCUUUCACAGGGGACAAGAAAGGCGAAGACCUCAACACAUGGUUGAGGUCCAGUUGACUUCGUACCUGAGAUGCUUUUCUCAGCCUCUCAGGAACCAGUUGGCAAAAGAGGCCAACAUCAAUAUGCACAACUUCCCUUCGUUUAGCAAGGUGGCCCUAGACCUUGAAGCAAAGAUAGGGCAUGGAAAGGCACCCAAUACGGACGGGAGGAAGAAGACACUGCCUCCUAACUGGAAGGCGAAAGGUCGCUUGAUGUUUGUCGACAACGAUGGUUCUACCAUCGAAUUGGAUGGCAACUUCCAGGAGGGAGUAGGUUCAGAGGCAGGCAGCAUAGACACUUCAGAGGGUGGAGUGGUCGCUGCCGUAGCACAAAAAGGUAAGGCGACCGGUAGACGCCGCAGAGGCUCCCGGUCUAGGAGUCAAGUUGACCCCAACGCCUCCAAACUGGCACCUUUCAAAGAGACUGAUCAGUUUCCAUCUCGUCGCUCAAUGCUGCCCCCAACCAUGGACAGAGAGGUGGACAUCGAUGAUAUCGUGGACCACAGAGAGCUGCCGGUAUCAAGACCAGCAGGCCGGGGACGUCCUCCAAAACCGAAGCUGCAGUACCGCGUUCGGUUCCGGCAUCACACUGAUCCGAAGGAGGACAGAUGGUUCACCAGGGAAGAGCUCAUGCAGACCGCUCCUCAAGUUGUAGCCCAAUACGAGAGAUCUCUGCAGAAGGGAAAGCGCCCUACGAUCGAAGACUUAGCUUCUCAGAGGACUGUUGAAGCUGAGGAGGAGGGAAUGCGAGGUCAAAGCCUCUAUGAGCCCCAUAAGGCCCCCUUUUUCAGCCCGCUGGCACCUAGCAAUCUUAAGAUUCUUAUCAACAAAAACCUGAAUGCUGACCCAUUCCAUGUUGCAGACUGGUCAGCGAAUACUCUAGGAAUGCUGCAUGAACGCUAUCGUUGAUGCAGCAGAACAUCCUGGAGUGUCAAAAGAAGGCUUUGUGGGAUGUUGCUGCCACAAAGCCUGGCUGCAGAAUGUGAUAAAAGUUCAUAAAACAC